UGCAAAACGGGCGACGCGACUUCUUAUUACGGUCCCCGUUUUCGUUUCUCGCCCGGCUCCCAAAUAGAAUUCCACGGCCUCUUCCAGAUCCGAGCGAAGCUCCGCAAACCCUAGCCAUGGCGAACUCGAGAUUAGGGUUUCUCCUCUCCCUUCUUAUCGUCUCUGUUCUCAUCGCUUUGCCGGCGCUCGCGAGCUCCGACGCGCCAUUCAUGGUGGCCCACAAGAAGGUCAGCCUCUCCCGUCUCAAGAGCGGUGUGGAGCGGGUCUCCGUCUCGAUCGACCUCUACAACGAAGGAUCUGCGACUGCUUAUGAUGUGAGCCUUAGCGAUGAUAGUUGGUCUGACGAUAUGUUUGCACUUGUCUCUGGAAACAUGUCAAGGACAUGGGAAAGGCUUGAUGCUGGUUCCACUGCCUCUCACUUAUUUGUUUUGGAGUCUAAAGUCAAGGGCAUGUUCCACGGUUCUCCUGCUGUCAUUAAAUUUCGUGUACCCACAAAGGCUGCCUUGCAGGAGGCUUAUUCUACCCCCAUUCUGCCAUUAGACAUUCUUGCUGACAGGCCUCCUGAAAAGAAGUUUGAAUGGGCAAAGAGGCUGGCCGCGAAGUAUGGAUCACUUGUAUCAGUUCUGUUGUUGGUGGCACUGUUCAUCUAUUUGAUUGCAACCCCAUCAAAAUCCAGCGCUGCAAAAGCAAGCAAGAAGAGACGCUGAUUCAAAAAUUAUGGUCUUCUUGACCAGUUUUGUUUAGAAACUGGAAUUUGUAGUCUGAGAUAAGAUUUUUCAUAUACUUAAAUGUUGUCUUGUUUAAUUGCUAGGAGCAGUGGGAAACUACAUCGGUUUAUUAUCGUUGUUCACGUACUUCAGUUGUAGAUUACCAACUUAAAAGAAUAGAGAGCUUUAACUUAAAUAUGUUUUGAGCUCAA